AUGGCUCUAUCUUUCCGCUUCUUCCGCAAUCUCCGUGCCCUUCAUAGUGCACUCCCACAACCACAGACCCAACCAUCUCUCUCCCGCGGAGCUUCACGCCUCUAUUCCCAGCUCAGUCUCAGUCGCCACUCACGACCAUUUGCUCCAACACACCUCCUCAACAAGGCUACAAACAGAGCAGCUCCAGCUAUCCCGGCAUUCACAUCUAUCCGCCACAACUCCGACGCCCCCUCCUCCAAACCACUCACCGACCGCUCCGCAACCGCGGAGCAAGAUGCAGAGGCCGAAGCGAUAAACGAGAGGCGCCGGGCGCAAGAACCCGCAUACCAGCUCACAUUCACCUGCAAGCCGUGCGGGGAGCGCUCUUCACACCGUGUCUCGAAGCAUGGGUACCACCGCGGCACUCAAGACGUUGGAUGA